UGCUUGCCCCAUCAGAUUUUCGCGGGCGGGUAUGACUUUGCCGUCGACGUGUGGGCUGUCGGUGUGACAACGUUCAUCUUGAUGACUGGCGCUUUACCUUACGAAGGAGAAGCUGCUAUUUGCACUCCGUCAGUGCCAACUAUUCCGGACCUCCAACUUCCGUAUCACUGCUCGAAGCUGGGUGCGGACUUUGUGCUUCAGACUUUGAAGAAGGACAUUUCGGAGCGUCCCCUCGCCAGAGAGGCAGCGCGGCACCCGUGGUUGACGACAAAACAGCCGUCCGAUGCGCCCAUGGAAGACAGCCCCCAGGAGGAGGCUACUUCCAGCUUUGGUCGGCUCUUGAACUGCGUCUUCUCAGCGUUAGGAGGCCUGAUGGUGCUCGCCUGCAGCGCGCUGGGUAACUGUAUGGACGCCAUGUGCGACCAGAACGAGGUUGAAGCCGCGGCUGCCCGGUGGUCCAGCAAGGCCAGCACGAGCGGCUCGCUCGUGGCAGUCGCAGACAAGGAAAUCCUUGAGAAGCACACCACGGAUCUCACGAAGCAGAUUUCCGUAAACCUCUUGGAGCAUCAGGUCUCGCUGAGGCAGUGA